AUGGCUGCUGCGGAAGAUGCAGCUGCAGGGCCCCUCCAGGCGCCGCCACAGGCGCCUCCCGAGCAGCCCCCACCAAAGACGCCUCGCAACCGCACCUUUCGAGGGAAGAGCGUUUCGUCUCGUUUCAACCUGUUCCGCGAUCCAGAUCCCCAGAGCUCGGACGGCUCCCAGAGCUUCGCAGGGGCCCGCAACCCUCCUGCGUCAAUUUCACUCUCACAAGCCUCGGACGUGCCGCCCAUCCCCAACUUCGUGCUCAGCGCAAACCCCAAAACCGACUCCAGCCCGUCGCUUCUGGAAAGGAGAUUUUUUGGCGGCGAACUGAAGCCACCACCAUCGCCCUCGGCCAGGUCUUUUUACUCAGAAUCCGGAUCGCCCUUUGGCUCGCCGUUGAGCAGGAGCAUCAGCAGCAUCAGCAGAACCGAGCGCGAGAUUGACGAGCUCGCCACGCAAUUGGAGGCCGAGAUUGAGGAGGCGCAUCGCAAAAAGGCAGAGGCCCUGCAAAACUGCACCGAAGACGAGGCCGCUCGCUGUGCAGACGACGUCGCGCGACUCGAGGCCGAGCGGGACCAGGUCAUUGAUGAGCAGAGAAAGUUUGACCUCGCACGCCUUCAAGCGCAACCAGCCACACCGUCCUCGGGGAAGCCCAAGCGAGUGUUGGAGAAGCUCAGCUUGUUCUCGAGAAGCAGGAAACCGAGCAGCUCUAAUCUGAUUCAGCCGCCGCUGACUCCCUUGCCUCCUGGAACGCCCAGCACUGUUGCGCCGACUGUCUUUACACCGGGCGUCUUUACGCCUACACCAAGCUGCAGCCGACGGAGCAGCCUCGACGACUCGCCUCUGCUGCAUUCCUCACAAAGAAUGAGCUUCAUUAAACCACAUCCCGAGGGCGACGCGCCCAUCUCUGCCAUCAAUGGCGGUGAACGACGUGUUACCGUUCGAUGCCUUUCGUCCACCAUUAGUCUGGAUGUAACAGCCCAGACGUCGGCUGUUGAUAUUCUCAUUGCAACCGCUGCGCAGACAAGGCACGAUGUUGAUGUUGAAACGAGCGUUGUCGUGGAAUGCUACGACACCCUUGGAUUAGAGCGGCGCAUGCGACGAUACGAGCAUGUACGGGACACGCUGAAUUCUUGGGACCGUGACCAAGAUAAUUCACUUCUUGUGAUACCAUCAGAUGCGUCGGAUGGCGAUGAGAAUCUUGAACUCGAAUCUGUGCCGCUGACAGAUGACCCUGCGCCAGGCUUUUCUAUCCAGCUUUACCAUUCCUCUCGCCCAGGCAAGUGGAAUAAGCGCUUCGUCACUCUGCUCAGUACUGGCCAAAUAUAUGCUUCUAAGCGCCCUGAUACAUCAAUCUCGGAUAAAGACAGCACAUCUUUGUGCCAUCUGUCAGACUUCGACAUUUAUAAGCCCAAGGCGAGUGAAGCGAAGCGGAACCUAAAGCCUCCCAAAAAGCUAUGCUUCGCCAUCAAGAGCCAGCAGAAGACUGUGGUGUUCCCCAAUGGCGAGAACUUUGUUCAUUUCUUCUGUACCGACGAUGCUGCAGUAGCCCAGAGAUUCUUUGACCAGGUACAUGCUUGGCGGAGUUGGUACAUUGUCAACAAGAUCACGCAUUCGCGCGAAGUUGAGAAGCCGGCGCCUCUUAAUUUGGGCCUCAGCAGAGCCGACACAGUCAGGAUGCCCCUUAUCAGCGAAAAGUCCCCCCAAGUCUCUACAACCGGCUUAACCAUUACAACUGGAUCAUUCAUAGAUGACAGCGACUUCACCAAGGCUAUUGAAGAGUCUACCAGGAAGCUGGCUCUCGAGGCCCAGCUUAACAAAACCAUGUCUAGAAGAGGCAGGAAAGCAUCUGGAGCUUCUGUCACCCCUAGCGUCAAAACCACACAGGAAUUCUCACCCACGGGCUUACUUGGAGAAGCGUAUGAAAAACGCAAGGAAGAAUCGGCGACGAUUGAGGUCACGAGCCCCUUUACAGAAGGCCCGUCUUUGCUGAAUAGUAUUGGCCUGUCAUCACCCAAAUCGCCCGAGCAGCCCAAGGUAUCUGCGUCCUGGUUCCCGUCCGCCGCCGAGCAUACCGCGCGCAACCGGAGUACCUCGAUAUCUCUACGACGAACCGAGACGGUGGAGGCUCCAGCUCAGCCUGAGCACAGGAAGGGGCCGGCGCCACUGUUGAACUUUGGCGGUAAUAUACAAGAGCAGCCACGCACCCGAGAUGGUCGUCGUGAAAGCCUCCGAGAGGGCUUCCGGCAAGGCCCCGGGCCUGGGCGGGGACAUGGCCUGCGCCCUCCGCCAGGCUCGCCUCUCGUCAAGUUUGCAACAUCCGGACAGUCGGGACCGCAGGGGCCUCCCGCAUCACCAGGAGGAAGACACGGGCCACCUCUUUCUGGAGGUCCUCCACCGCCGCCGGGUGCGCGCAACCGUAGCCGUUCAAUAUCCAGUGCCAACGCGGCCCUCAUGGCGGUCUUCAUGGCGGUCUUCAUGGCGGCCCUCAUGGCGGCCCUCAUGGCGGCCCCCGGCGUUAUCCUGGUCCUGAGGAUCUCUCUUCUGCAGCUAUGCAACACCGAGGACCCGGCCCACGACCUGGUCGAAUGCCUCCUCCAUCCCCUCGUGAUGCCGCAGCUCACGGCCGUGAUCACCGUCGACCUGGUCCUUUGCUUCAAGAACGUCAAGAACGUCAAGAGCGUCCUAGAGAGCGACCCCGGGAGAGGCCCCAAGAGCGCCGGCCAGGGCCGUUGGUGA